UUUAAUUACUCUACAUUUCUGAUGCUAAUUGUUGAGGAACAUGAAUGAUCCAAUAACUCACUAUCAAAGUGGAGCUGCUAGCGAUUCGAGGUCCCAAUCUGGAACAUUGAAUCGUUCACUGUCAUAUACCAAUCCCCGACCUGACGAAGGCAAGCCGCCAAGCGCUGCAACUGUCGGUCGGUCCGCAUCCUAUCAAGACGUACGUAAAGAAAAGAAGACUAUUCCAAACGAGUUUGAACUGGAAUGGGUCAAAGAAAGUGACGUAGAAGCAUUUGAACGAGCCCUCUAUUAUGAUCCACUCAAAAGCCCGUCCGUCUUAAGUAUAGGCGCUGACUCUGGAACGGAACAGAUCUCUGCUUUGAACGACUUUGCUCCUGUGCGCGAGAAGGUCUCUCGGAAACGAAAAUCAAAAAAGAAGGUGAAGACGGACGCUGGUUAUCCCAAGGGAUUUUCAUACACCUUAUUGCGAUAUCCCUUAAUGGCAUUCAUUGGCCUUAUCAUGGCCAUUGAGCUUACAUUUUAUUUAUGGUUACGGCAAAUUGUCAAUUCCUGGGAAUGGCUUGUCAAUUGGAGAGGUAAAAGCCAGACCCUACGUCACAAUAUGCAACAAGCAACGACAUAUGAAGAGUGGUGCCAAACGGCGGAGGCGUUGGACAAGCAAUUCAAAAAGGAUGAGUGGAAGGAGAUAGACGCUUAUGGAUAUUACGACUACGCAUUGAUUCACAAAAUUGUACGAAACCUGAGCAAAUACCGACAAUCAGAUAAACCAAGUGAUGCAUUGAAGCAAAAGGAUAUAUUAUACGCUUGCCUCAAAAACAAUUUUGGUGGCAUCGAGAAUCAAAAGCUGUAUAGCAAUACAUUCCUCGGCACCAAACAUCUUAUUGAGGAUUACGUCGAAGAAGUGACCAAGUCGAUCACUGCCUUUUCACAAAACUCGAAUCUGUCGCUAGAGGAAAGACAGCUUGCAUUCAAACUCUUUUCUAAAAACUAUGGUCGUACUGCCUUGUGUUUGUCGGGGGGUGCUACGUUUGGCUACUAUCAUCUGGGUGUAGUGAAGGCUUUAUUCGAUCGCAGAUUGCUUCCAUCUGUUAUCACCGGGACAUCCGCUGGUGGACUGAUUGCUGCCCUCGUUUGCUGCAGAACGGACGAAGAACUUGCUCAGGUGCUUAAUCCAAAGCUGAGCAGUCGAAUCACAAUCGCCUAUGAAUCCACUUGGCGAUGGAUGUUACGGUACUAUCGCACUGGAGCAAGAUUUGACAGCGUUGACUGGUUUAUCAAAGGAUCAUGGUUUACUCGUGGAUCACUCACAUUUUUGGAAGCGUACGAGAGGACGGGCAGAAUUCUUAACAUAUCUGUGAUCCCGCACGACCCGCAUUCACCUCCCAAGCUUUUGAACUACCUAACAGCACCACAUUGCGUCAUUGCCACGGCCAUAAUCGCAUCGGCUGCAGUUCCUGGUAUUCUCAACCCAGUAGUCUUGAUGCAAAAACUUCCAGGAACAGAUGAGCUGGCUCCUUAUAGCUUUGGAGCAAAAUGGAAAGAUGGAUCUCUCCGUACCGAUAUACCAACACAAGCACUUCACACUCAAUUCAAUGUAAAAUACACCAUAGUAUCCCAAGUCAACCCUCACGUGCAUCUAUUUUACUAUAGUAACCAAGGCAGCCCAGGAAAUCCAGUUUUACAUAGAUCUGGCAAAGGCUGGCGUGGAGGGUUUUUAGCGUCGUCGAUAGAGCAAUUCCUCAAGCUCGAUCUUUCAAAAUGGCUCAAAGUCAUUAGAGACCUAGAAUUAAUGCCGAGAUUGCUCAAUCAAGACUGGAGUUCAGUAUUUCUCCAGCAAUUCGGAGGCAGCGUUACGAUCAUCCCAAAGUCAAGAUUGUCUGAUUGGCCACGGAUAUUAACUGACCCGGACGAAACGAUUCUGGCCCAUAUGAUCAAGGUGGGCCAAGCGCAGACAUGGCCAAGCAUUUCAAUGAUAUCCAACCGAGUGAGAAUUGAGGCUGCCAUUCAGCGUGCCCGUGAGCAUGUACGCGAUCAGAUGCGGGCGGUGAAAACCAAGCGGAGCAAAGCCAACGGCCACCUUGGCAAAGGAGCAGGAUUUCAAUUGCGAGCUCAGCACGCUUUGUCCCGAGAAUUCAGUGACGACGGAGGCGGUAGCUCGGAUGAAGCGGCCUUUUUGGAAACCGGAAACCAGGACGCACGCACUGAAGAAGAAAAGGAAUUAUACAAGGCGGAAAGACGACAAUUCCUGGCAAAGUUUUCCGAUAGGCGAGAUUUAAUGGAUGGCAAAGACGUUAUGGCUGACUCAAGUGAAGCUGAACGUCAGCAAGAAAUACAAAAAUUUUAUCAAGAAAUUGAUUCAUCUGACGAAGCAGAAGAGGAUGACGACGACGUUGAUUCUUUAGAAUCUUUAGAUAUUUGAAUAGUUAGAAGGUUGACAGUAUUAAAAAAUUGUAGCAAACCAAUCACGCUGUGUGAGACCAUCCACUUUUGCCAAAUGAAGU